AUGUCUCUCCAGCUGGACCCCAGCGAAGCUUCAAAGUCACUAACAAGCGCGCGAAUCAUGAGUCCGGACGCAUACUUGGCCCAGCCGUACCGCAAGCGCAUGUCCGUGCUGCAUUGGAUGCUGCCAGUGCUAGCCAUGUAG